GGAAAAUGAAAAAGGUGCGGAAUUGCAUUUGUAGUUGUUUGUUUGACUCUCUUUGUUAGUUUGUGUUACCUUGGCCUUCUUCUUCUGUGUUUCUCUCUCCUUUCUUCUUCAAUUCCACACCAAACUUAGAGAGAGAAAGGGAAAGCAACCUAACCCUUUUCUCUGCAAUCACACACUCUCACACCCACUUUCCCCAAUUCCCAUUCUCUCUCAAAUUUCGACGGUUUUCGCAAUCCAACAAAAGCCUCUGAUCAAUCCCGAUUCUGAAAAUGGCGUCUUCCAGCGCAGCCGGUGCUGGAUCCACCGAUCCCACAGCUGCCAGGAGAAACAACACCAAGCGACCUAAGUAUUCGAAGUUUACCCAGCAAGAACUUCCAGCGUGUAAGCCAAUUCUCACGCCACGAGCGGUUAUUUCGGCAUUCUUGCUUGUCAGUGUUGUAUUUGUUCCUAUUGGAGUUGCUGCACUGAUUGCUUCAAGGAAGGUUGUUGAAAUUGUUUAUAGGUAUGAAUCAAAAUGCAUACCACCCAACGUUACUGACAAGGUGGCAUACAUUCAGAGUUCUGCAGAUAAAACAUGCAAAUUUUCACUACAUGUGGAAAAGCACAUGAAGUCACCUAUUUAUGUCUACUAUCAGCUUGACAACUUCUACCAGAAUCAUCGCCGAUAUGUUAAAAGUCGAAGUGAUGAGCAAUUGAGGGAUCCUGGUGAAGAGGACUCAACAAGUGCUUGUAAGCCUGAAGAUACAGCCAAUGGAAAGGCAAUUGUACCAUGUGGUCUUAUAGCUUGGAGUUUAUUCAAUGACACGUACAGCUUCUCUCGUGACAACCAUAAUUUGACGGUGAACAAGAAGGGCAUCUCCUGGAAAAGUGAUAGAGAGCACAAAUUUGGGAAAAAUGUUUUCCCUAAAAACUUCCAGAACAGUUCUAUUAAAGGUGGUGCAAGUCUCAAUGAAUCCAUACCAUUGAGUGAACAGGAGGAUCUUAUUGUCUGGAUGCGAACUGCUGCUUUGCCUACUUUUAGGAAGUUAUAUGGAAAGAUCGAGGUGGAUCUGAAUGAAGGUGAUAGCAUAAAUGUAACACUGCAGAAUAAAUAUAACACAUACAGCUUUAAUGGCAGGAAAAAGCUUGUACUGUCAACUACUAGCUGGCUUGGUGGGAAGAAUGACUUCCUUGGCAUUGCAUAUCUCACUGUAGGAGGAUUGUGCUUCUUUUUGGCUUUGGCUUUUACCAUUGUAUAUUUUGUCAAGCCAAGGCAACUUGGAGACCCCACAUAUUUAUCAUGGAACAGGAAUCCAGGAGGGCACUGAGAAAAGAAACUCAGUAUACUUGAUGGUUAUUUCCAAGAUUACAGCACUUGACUAUUCUACAAAUGUGGGUGUAGGUUUUGUACAUGAAUGUUACCUGAUUACUAGUAGCACUUGUGAAUUUAGGUGUUCUUAUCGUAAGAAAACCAAAACAUAUUUUUUCUUUUUUCUGUUAUGCAUGAGAAUUGAAAUAUGUUGUAUGUCCUGAUAAAGUGUUAAAUAUAUGUUGUAGUUGCAUUUCAUACAACCUGGAAAAAAUAGUUCUUGUUUGGUUU